GUGCACACAUUUUAGCGCUUCAAAACAAAUAAUACCGCGUGCAUAUGCUUAUAAAAUAUUUCUCUACAUUCCGAUAGAUGUUUAUUUGAAAUAUAAAUUUGCUUGUUUUAGAUGUUUUAUUUGGGAUAUAUACUUUUUGGCUUAUGUGUAACACGUGCUGACAGCACAGAUCCAGAUCAAGCUAAAUACUCGCCAAAUGAGCUAAAAAAGAAUUCGCUUGCGUGCGAGAACAGAUCCGUGAAUCUGCAGUGCAAGGAGGGUCUUAUCCGUGUGCUGUUCGCAAACUAUGGAAGAGCCAACCUGUACGUCUGCGGGUUGAAUGACAUUGCCAUGGGCUGGAGCGUCAAUUGUAGCGCCAAUGACUCCAUACGCAUAGUUUCGGAAAGGUGCGAUCAUAAACGAUCAUGUGAUGUAAUCGCCUCAAAUUCCAUAUUUGGUGACCCUUGUCCAUCCACCAACAAAUAUCUGGAUAUUGCAUAUUUCUGUUAUCAUGAUUUAUCAGCUAGAUGUGCUAAACCUCAAGGCGAUUUAGUCAAUAUCGAAAAGCAGUUCUAUGAUGACGGUGAGACUAUCAGUAUAACCAAUAGAAACUGUGAAGCUGGAUACCAUCCGAGUUUCGGUGACUUAACACUUGCCUGCACAAGUGGACAAUGGUCGAAGGAAAUUAGCUGUGUGCCAGACACCACACUUCUCCAAUGCGAAUCUGAUAUUGAUUUCAAUAACGAAACGUGGCGGAUAGUUGCUGCUGGGUUUGUUGAAACCCACAACUGCUCAAACGGAUACAAGGGUAUAGUGACAAGGAAGUGUAAUGCAAAGGGGAUUUAUGAACAGCCAGUAUACAACUGCACACAAGAAGCAAUACACGAUUUAUUGAAAAUGAUAAAAAUCACUGCCGUUGCCGAAACAAUUGAAGGUUUGCGAACGGCAAUGCGGGCCAGCCCAGAUAAUGACAACACGACGGCUGAACAUCAGAAUAUACAUGUUGGUGAUAUCGAAGCGGCAACACAGAUUAUUCAGUUCAUUGUAAAUAAUAUCGAAAUUAAUACCUCCACGAUUGAAAAUGUGACGGAUUCAUUUGUUGAUGUGGUGGAUAACCUCAUAAGCGAGAGAGCCACUCAAUCGUGGGGCGCCCUUAUCGACAAGGGCGGUGCAGCAGCAGUGAUCAACGUAUUAGAUGAUCUUAUAUCCAAAGUUACCAACAACAUAUCUGUGACGCAACAAAACCUGACCGUUGCAAAAGAAAACAUUCUUAUUGAAAUUGGCACUGUGGAUGAAUGUUCAAUGAUCAAGUUUCCGGAUACUGAGAAGAAUGGAAACCUUCCAUCUUGGACAAGCAAUCGACACACCAGCAUUGAAGUUAAUUGUAGCGAAACUGGCGGCGUAACAUUUAGUGGUUCACUCUUUAGAAAUUUGUCUUCCAUAAUGUCAACAAGAAAUGAAAACGCCACGCACGUGGAGAUCAAUGCCCCGGUACUUGCUUUUACUAUCCACAAGUCCAGAAAAGAAAGUUCUGAACGGCUAGAUAUGACCUUAGUCUUCCAGCUAUUUAAGACUGGCUUAGAGAAACCAUCUUGCUCUCUCUGGAAGAAGGAUAAUUCUAGUGAUCAAGGAUUCUGGUCUAGCGAAGGAUGCAAACUGGUAGAAUAUAACCACCAGGCGGGACGUGUAACAUGCUCAUGCAAUCAUCUCACAAACUUUGCUGUUCUGAUGAGUCCAGCGACUACCAUUGACAUGAUCCACCACCAGGCUCUCAGUGCAAUAACAGUGGUGGGUUGCAGUAUGUCUCUCGGUGGUCUAUUUACAACUGCUGUCAUUUACGUUUGUUUCUGGAGGAUGGUUAAGUCAAACAGAGCAAUCUUGCUGUUAAACCUGUGUGGAGCACUAUUCGUUGCGUAUCUAGCGUUCCUCAUUGGCAUUAAACGCACUCAACCGAUGGGCGCUUGUACAUUCACUGCGGUAUUGCUUCACUACGUAUAUCUCGUGGCCUUUUUCUUGAUGCUGGCUGAGGGAGGCGAUUUGGCGUUGAUGGUUAUGAGACCGCUUGCAAAGUGGAAUAUUAUCCCUUACUUCUUGGCUGGAGCAUAUGGUAUUCCAGCCAUAAUUGUUGGUAUUUCCAUGGGCGCGACACAGUUGGAUGGUUAUGGCAAUGAAAGAUUCUGUUGGUUGACGGUGGAGUCAGGUCUGUUUUGGGCAUUUGCAGGACCAGUUCUUGCCAUAGUCAUGGCAAACCUGAUUGUCUUGGUACUCGUGUUGAAAAAAUUGUUCGGAGUUUCUGCCAUGUCAAAGAAAACAGACGCUGAGAAAAUCAAGACCGGUGUGCGAAGUGUGUGUAUUCUACUUCCCGUGCUGGGCCUCACCUGGGUGUUCGGUAUAUUUGCAGUCAACAAGGACACGCUCAUCUUCCAGUACUUGUUCGCCAUAUGCAACAGUGUGCAGGGGUUCCUCAUCUUUUUGGUGCAGUGUGUGUUUGAUAAGAAAGUAAGCGACGCUCUCCGACGGAUCAAGAUACCAUGGUUCUCGACUUCAGACGUUCGUACCGGGGACACACACGUGAAUUCCACAUAGAAAUCGCCAUCUCGCUUUAUCAUUGCGUCGACAAAGAAACGAAACAGUCAUCACAUUGUUGGAGUACAGGACGACUACAUUUAGAUGACGAUGUGCUUUUUAAAAAUCAUUUUAAUAUUGCGAACCUUAUUUAUAUUCAAGCAUUAUUUAAUGGUUGAUGUGUGUAUUAUUUAGGGUUAUAUAAAACGCGUUCGAAAUCUACAUUGCACGAUGACAACGAUGCAUUGUGUCUACAGGGCUGGAUUAAGCUGUUUUGGGGCCCAAUGCAGCAUAUGUUACGGGGGCCCCUUCCUUCUGGUCCCCUUCUGUAUAUUGAAAAUCAUACUUGAUUCUACAACUGCAAAGUUCAGAAAACUUGCAUUUGUACACAGUUUACCAUUACACUAUAUAUAUAGCAAAACAAGUUUAACAAUGUAUAAAUAUUUUAAUUACUGAACUUAACGCACAUGCAACAUGUAACAUAUUCCAGCCUAUAAGUCUCUUUUACGACACUUUAGCAGGCCAAAGCCAUCGAUCAGCUGUGUGAAGUCUAGUUCUCGAAAGGACUUGACAUUCAGUAGACAGUAUACCCAAUGCUGUCAACCUUUCCUGACUCGUUGUGUUCAUCAGAUGUUUUUUUACGCGUGAUAAUGUUGAAAUAAACUUCUCACCUAGACAGUUAUUAACUGGAAUCGUUAAGUAUAUUCGUAAAGCGAUGGCAACGUUUUGAAAAGUUGUCUAAAUUUUACCCCCAUCUAACUUCAGCAGUUCACUCAUGUGGGUGAUGGUUUUGUCUUUGUCCGCUACUGAAAUGGCUUUGAACUGAACGAACUCGUCAACAAAAGACGCCUAAAUGUCAUCUUUAUAAGACUCCACUAGACUUCGAGGAAUGGUACGUGAACAAAGUUGUGCAUGUUAUAAACUUAGGGUAAAUUGAGCUUGAAAACCGUGACAUGGUUUUAACAACAUACGGAAGCCAGUGAUUGGCUCCGCUACUAUUGGAUAUACAUCAGAGGCAAGUUAACUGAAAGAAGCAACGUUGUGCUACAUAUCUUAAGAGGCCCGCCGCUGUUGCAUCCAGAUAGCAUAGUAAAUCAAAGCGAACUUAACGGUCCAGAUGUUGUCAUGACCAUACGGGAAAGUCGUAUAAGAAACAUAGAAACUAAUGGAUAUACAACACAGAAAGAAAAUUUUUAGCACAGUAAAUCAAAGCGAAAUAGACAGUAACCAUUGGAUAUACAUCGGGAAACUGGUAAAAUUACACAGAACAUUUUUACUGCAAUCCCGUUUGAGUCGUCAAAUGGCGUAAUAAAUAAAGAUCAUCAAUUGGGAAACUGGCCUGCCGUUGGGGGCCCAAGGCUGCAGCCUUGUUAGCCUAGUGCUUUAACGGGCACUGAAUGUCUACAUUGAAACAAACCAAAAAUCAUUAAAUGUUUGACAGCAGAAAAACUUCAAGUCGUAACAGAGAUGUUUUAAUACGCUUUUAUAUAAUCAUUGUGCAUUAUUUGCAUCUGCAUGGACAUUUGCAUUGUAAGGCUUAUCAAUAUGUAAUUUGGCUUUCAAAUUGAUUGAUACAUUAUUUCGUGGGCGCUCGAUAUGACAAGAAACGCUGUAUUAAAAUGUGUAUGAUAACAAUCAUAACAAAGUUGUCCUGUUAAUUUGCAAACCUGUCUUCCAGUAGAUUAUUAACAUACGUGUGUAUCUUGAAAAUAAAGUUGAUUUUUCAUACAUUGGAUACGUAUUAGUCAUUGGAACGUUAAUGUCUAUAUUAUGUAUUUGAUCUUUUAUUAUUCCCUAUAAAUCACAUAUAAUAUAAUGUAUUUUAAUUUGACGUAUUUGCCUUUUAUAUUGUCUGAUAUAGUUUUUGCAUGAAUAGUAUUGUUCUUUGCAACAGCCCUUGUUAUCUUAUAAUUAUUUCUCUUAUAUUUAAUAAAGGUUUCUAAACAAA